UGCAUACUAAAGUUACGGUAAUUAUUACUGAAAUGAAUUUUUUAAUUGAUGUUUGAUAUUAAACGAGUUCUCUCAUUUGGAUCAAUCGAGUGUCUUCGACAAGUUAUAACGUGAAAACGGUGGUUUCAGUUCUGUAACUAACGCAUGUUUCACAAUUAUGAAUUUCAUGGAGAUAUUGCUGCCCACGCGUCAUUUCUUCAAACACGUUUUAGUGGUUUGUUUUUAAAUGUUUUACCGUAAUAUAAUAUAAUAAUAGAUACGCACUUGACAUACACGAAUUAUUAUUACUAUUGUAUAGGUCCUGUGUUUUAACGAUUUCAUUAUUGCAAGGACCAUAUUUACAUAGGAUAAGAGGAGGUAUCCCAAUUUAUUUCAACAGAUCGGCCAUUCAAUUUAAAAUUUAACAAAAAUAAUAAUGGGUGUAUUUUUUCAUGUUAGAGCGACAAAAUAUGUAAUUGUCUCUAAUCACCCCGACCAGCUUGAUAUCUUUGAAAAAUAAAACCAUGAAAAUGAGUAAAACAUUCUCAACCAGCAAAGUUCCGUUAUUUGAACCACUUUCUUUAAUGUGUAAGAAAUUAUUAUCAAUAAUUCAUUUUAGCAACAACAUAUUAUGCGUCGGUUUACAUUGUUAUCAAAUGAAAUCUUCAACUGGAACUUUUGAUAACUGUACUUUUUCUUAUAUUUUCCAGCGAAAACGAGAAGGUUGAAGGAAAAAGUCACAAAACGUCAAGAUGAUGAUAGUGGAUCUACAUCGGUUGAUCAUGGGCAAGUUUCGUCAGGAAACUGGGAUUUAAAAGACAUGUAUGACGCUUGUGAAUCGGGAGACAAAGACAAAUGUUUAACAAUUCAUGAAAAAUGUCCAGCUUUGUUAACACAGAACAGUGGUCCGUGCCUUCUUCGCAUUGCUGAAUCUGGCAAUAUGGAUUGCUAUAUCGCUGUAGAAUCGUUGUUGCUUAAGGUAAAAGGAGAAGAGGAGCUUCAACAAUACAUAGCGAAUAUUGUAGAUGCGGAUAAGGAAUCCAUGCUUCACAAGGCCUGUCGUUCUGGAAAUCAAGACAUGUAUUCAUACCUCUGUAAUACAUAUCCAUCUCUUGUUGCUUCUAAAGACAGGUCUACUCUCCUUCAGAUAACGUGUGAGCUAAACAAGGCUGACAUUAUGAGUUUACUGCUACCUUCCGUGAAAGAUGAGAAUGAUAUUGGUAAGUGCCUUACGCAGUAUCCGUUGGAUGACCAUUGUAAACAAGCAGUUGCUUUGGAGCUAAAGCAGCGAUUAGCGGACAAAGUGAAAUUACAAGGUUCCUAUCGAAUUGAGCCAACAUUCAACAGUGUAGGAGAAGUGGUAUUCCUGGCUUAUGGAUUAAACGUUGUUCGUGGAAGAGUGGAGCAGUUUGCGGGGAUGACAGUAUUAUAUAGAAACCCAAAACAAGUCAACGAUGAAGCAAUUCGAAUAGCAAAUAGUGCGGAAAGGUGGUCAUUGAACACAAACAACAUCAAUGGCAUGGAAUAUGCUGAGAAAGCAAUUAAGAUGCAUGGCACGCGUCUGAUGCAAUCACAUUCGAACAUCAAUGCCUUGGGAGUCUCGCAUUUGAGGUCCAGAAAAGGAGGCAAAGACUUGAAGCUAGCAGAAACAACCCUUGUAGUUAUAUAUUGUAGCUCAAAAGGAUUUAGGCCAAUACAGGAAGAUGUAUUUCCGCAUCAGCUUUUAGUUGAUGGUAUUGCCGUUUCGAUAGAUGUACGUGAAGGAUUUUUUGAAAUCGCACCACGUACCUAUUCAGCAAUACCGGGCUCAGAUUUCCAUCCCAAACUAAAGAUGGGUUGCGAAAUCGACGUUGAAGAUGAUGGAAAGAGGAGGGGUGGAACAAUUGGUCCUUUUGUGAAAAUACACAGCAUAAAGGAUGAUGUUCUCGACGGAUUUCUGACAUGCGCACAUGUUGCUUAUGGAAUUGAGGACGGAGAAGAUAGUUAUAGCCAUGAUGAAACCAACACUCCAACUCAACUGCAAGUCAACCAGCCUGCACUGAAAACCUUCCCCAUGCCCUCAACAAGCAUCCCGUAUGAUCCAAGGUGCGGUAGGACAUAUCGCGGCACAUUUGGUGUAAUAGUGGAUGGUGUGACUGUAGAUGCCGCAGUAGUUGUCGUCCAGAAGGACAGAAUGCCGUCAGGGGGAGAGUUCGCUUUUUUCAGACAUAACCAGCUCGGAGAAAUAGGUUUCAGAACAUUUCCUGUAUUUGAUUCUGCUGAACAGGCAGAGCCAACAGAGAUAAUGAAUGAAGAGAUAAUAAAGUUCGGAGCUAUAACACACGCAACAAAAGGAGUGUAUGUAGCACUUGUUCACGUGAGAGAACCCAUUUCAUUGGGAAUAUCCGGACCUACUGGAUUGACAGAGAGGCGUUUUGAAAUGCAAGGACAGCUUGAGAUCAGUAGCUGUAGGGCAAACAGGCGUUUCUUUGAUCUAGGUGAUUCUGGUUCAGGCGUGUUCGUCAAAAGAGGAGAUGACCUUCGGUGUUUGGGACUUGGUAUCGGAUGUUUGUCAAAUGGUUCGGCGGUCGUAACGCCAAUUAAACCGAUUCUCAAAGCACUCGGUGUUGAGCUAAUGAGCUUUACUGAGCCUAUGGACGAGAGUCAGUAACGGAGAUCAUGAAGACUGGAGAGCAUUGGAACGGAACAAUCACUAUAUGUAGCAGUGUAUCACUAAACUCAAUCAAAUGCGAUACAUAUAUUGAUUAUUUAUGCAGUAAUAUUUUAAUGAGAGAGAUUAUUUAUGUACCAUUUGGAUGAUUCGGUUUGGUUAUUCAAGGAAAGCAUGCAUAAAUACUUGUAGUGGGCCAUAAUGUCUUUUAAAGAUAUUUAAUUUAUAUUUUUGUAUACAUAAUAGGUAUUAAGUUGUUGUCUAUGUGUAUUUAUUAUUAAGAAACAACAUUUUUAAGUCUGAGACACAUAACAUCUGUGAUUUUGAAUUUUCUCUUGUGUUUUUAAUUGUCUUUUUUAUUGUUUUGGAAUAAUGUGCUUUGCAUAUCAUAGUGCGUCGUGUAUUAUUUUUAAUAACUGUACAUAGGUAUAAUUAAUUCGCAAUCCAGUACUCCCUACAAAUAUCGAUGUAUAAAACCUGUAGACCUUAAAGAGAGACGGGUAUGGUUUUUUUUUUGCACCAUGUUAUGCUGGAACAAAAUUGUUGUAUGCUACUUCCUCAAUACCAAUUUGUGUGCUGGUCUGCUUACCAAACAAGUCAUGGACUCUUGUUAGCUUGAAUAAUUCGAUGUGACGCAAACAGUGAUGAAAUCAUAAAAGUAACAAAAAUGUUAACAAAGGCCUUAAUACAGAUGAAAACUGAAUUAACAAAAUCGUUACAUACGUACUAAAACAAGUACAGUUGUUAAAUAAAUAUGUGUACUGCGUUAUUGUUUUUAAAGAUUUUUAUUUUUUCUAGAAUGUUUUAGUCAGUAAAUGCUGUUUAAUUAAAGAGUUUGGAAAACACAAUGAUCUACAUGUAGUGUAACUAAUUUGGACUCCUUAUAUCUAGGUGUUACGCUCUUCUACCUUUCCUGACUCUGGAAUACGUCAUGACGAAAUCAAAAACCUUGUAGAUGAUACAAAUAAAAUACUCUGAUCUGUUGAUGUACAUCACAAGAAUCGGACGGCACCGUCAUGGUAACAUUAACCGGCUAUGUAGUCGGAUGUCGUAUCUCUUUAAUCUUUAAAGGACAGGUAUCAGUCAAGCGAGUGGUAUUUUUUUCAAGUGACACCAAUCAAAUAGCUUAUUCUUGCUUUUGAUUCGUCAUGAUAUAUUCAAGAGAACGUAAGUGGGUGUGACCUCUGGAAUUUCACGGAUUCACAAAAUAAGGUCUACAAAGACGCCUCUGUAGAUGCAUGGUUUAAAUGUCGAUGAUGAAAGCUAGGUACAGUAUACAAAUUUGUAAAACACUUUAACAUUGCAUGUUACAAGAAACGGAACGCACACGAACAUUUGAAAAUGUAUAAUCAAAAUCAUUGAAAUGUAUAUCAAAAUGUAUAGGUAAAAUCAUUUGAAUUAAUUGUUUGAUAUGAUACAGGCGUGUUAGUUUAAGUAACACAUAGAUGAAAGUACUUUAUCC